CAAAGUAAAACGUUAGACUCAAACGAUAAGCAGACAAUAUGUCAAGCUAUGAAAAAUAGCUUUGCAGAUCUAGGGGAUAUAAUUAGAGGAAGAGAUUUAUGGACUAGAAACAAUGAAAUGCAACAACUAGAAAAUAAUUUGAAAACAAUAUUUGAGAAAAUCAAAAAUAAAUCUGGAAUCUCAGGUAAAUAUGAUGACGACGGCGGAAAAUAUACAAAACUUCGAGAAGCAUGGUGGUCCCAAAACCGCGACCAAGUAUGGACUGCUAUGAAAUGUGCAAAAGACGGAAGUAACACUAUUGAAUGUGAUAAACGUAGUGGUGCUGGUUCUCCUGGUGGUUCUGGCCCUGGUCGUAGUACUGCUCCACGUCCACGUCCACGUCCUCCAGCUGGUGGCGGAGGCGGAGGUAGUCGUUUUAGUACUAGUGGUACUAUUUAUACUCGUGGUGGUACUCCUACUUAUCGU